AUGAACAAGAAAUUCAGCAAGAGGGGUCUAAAAACACAUUUAUCAGCUGGGCAGCUCAGUAACUUCAAUUUUCAGAAGUAUAUAAAGCAUUCUUUGGAUAAAGAUUUCAAAACUGUAAUCAGCAUCAGCCCACUUAUGUGGUUAACGGUUGUUAUCUUCAUGCUUGUGGAUAUUCAUGGUUGGCAUUCUUAUCUUUGGAUAUCGUUUGCUCCAUUGGUGUUGGUCUUAGCAAUUGGCACAAAAAUGGAAGUGAUCGUUGCAAAAAUGGCAAUUCAGCUUAAGAAGCAGAAAAAAGUGUUUACUGGAGUUGUUGAACUUGAUGACAAUCUCUUUUGGCUUGGAAAACCAGAAUUCGUGUUGGACUUAUUGCAUGUGACACUUUUUUUGAACGCUUUUGAGAUGGCCUUUUUCAUCUGGGUUACGAAAUCAAGUUGA